CAGCCGGGCCUGCAGACCUGGGCCCAGCGCCCACCGGCACCUACCCUGGCCACAUCCAUGCCAAGCAGGUUCUCACUGGCGGCCUGGCUGGGUGCGGGGCUGCUGGGUCUCCAGAUGCUACAACAUGGAAGGGUCCCUCCAACUCCUGGCCUGCUUGGCAUGUGUGGUCCCGAUGGGAUCACUCGUGAGAACUAAAAGAGAUACUACCGGGAAUUUGCUCAACACUGAGGGGCACAGCGCGCCAGCGCAGCGCUGGUCCAUGCAGGUGCCGGCGGAGGUGAGCGCGACGGUGGGCGACGCGGCGGUGCUGCCCUGCACCUUCACGCACCCGCACCGCCACUACGACGGGCCGCUGACGGCCAUCUGGCGCGCGGGCGAACCCUACGCGGGCGCGCAGGUGUUCCGGUGCGCAGCGGCGCGCGGCAGCGAGCUCUGCCAGACCGCGCUGAGCCUGCACGGCCGCUUCCGCCUGCUGGGCAACCCGCGCCACAACGACCUGUCGCUGCGCGUCGAGCGCCUCGCACUGGCAGACGACGGCCGCUACUUCUGCCGAGUGGAGUUCUCCGGCGACAUCCACGACCGCUAUGAGAGUCGCCACGGCGUCCGGCUGCGCGUGACGGCCGCACCACGAAUCGUCAACAUCUCGGUGCUGCCGGGCCCGGCGCACGCCUUCCGCGCGCUCUGCACAGCCGAAGGGGAGCCGCCGCCUGCUCUCGCCUGGUCCGGCCCGGCCCUGGGCAACCGCUCCGCGGUGGUGCCUGGUCAGGGUCACGGCUACCAGGUGACCGCGGAGCUGUCCGCGCUGACCCACGAUGGCCGCUACACGUGUACCGCCGCCAAUAGCCUGGGCCGAGCGGAGGCCAGCGUCUACUUGUUCCGCUUCCGCGGCGCCACCGGGGCCUCGGCGACCGCGCUCCUGCUCAGCGCGCUGGGCUUCAAGGCUCUGCUGCUGCUCGGCUUUCUGGCCGCUCUCGCCACCCGCCGUCGGCUAGGUGGGUGUGCAGAAGACCCGGAGCACCUGGUCACCCAGGACACCCCUCCACGACCCCAGGCUCAAGAAUCCAAUUAUGAAAAUUUGAGCCAGAUGAACCCCCGGAGCCCACCAGCUGCCACGUGUUCCCCCUGAGGAGCCCCUCGGCACCAGCUUCAGUUUGCACACAGAGAAGUAAAGCCUAGCAUGAAGUUUGGUUCCCGGGUAGCCUCAGCUAGGUGACCUCUACUGGACAUCUCUGAGCCCGUGAUAUUUACGCUAGCGGAACAAGCAUUCUGAAAGAGUGUGUGUACACAGGAGCCUCAGCAGGAAACUUCCAGAAGAGUUCCCCUCAUCCUUUCUUACUAGGACAGGAAACUGGCAUAAGGUCUGGAGGCCCAGGCUUCAUCCUGCUCUGUUGCCAACCUGCUGUGUGGACCAGGACACUUUCUUCCACUCUCUGGGUCUCAAUGUAUCCACUAUUGAGCAGAAAAAACAACAUUCGUCCCCAUGUCUAUUGUGAGCUGAAGCCAUAAUGGAUGUGAAGGGCUCUGGAGAGUAUGAGGCUGUCUUGGGUAUGAGCCUUUGGAUGUGCGGAGCUCCUGGAUAAAUGUGGCACUCGCAGCAGCCUGUGGAAAACGAAGCACGCAAGAAAACAAGAAAAGCUGGGGGCAGUGUGUGCAAACUGUGGUCAGAGGAAGAGCAAAUUCUGGAAACCUGGUAGCAGGGAGAGACCUGGAGUUCCACCUUCUUCCGUCUCCACUGGGACUGUUCCGCACUCUCGCCCACCUCUUACCACAUCUGCCACACGGCACUGCCUUGAGCUGCGACCGUUAUCUCAACGCAUCUGGAAGCUUAUCUCAGGGACCGAAAGCUGGGAGCCUUAAGGACACUCUGGAUCCCGGUGAAUUAAGAAGCUACAGCAGCUGAUCCCAGCUACUCCAGAGGCUAAGGCAGGACCGCAAGUUCGAGGCCAGCCUAAACCUAGUGAAACUCUUUCAAAAUAAAAUUUUAAAAUGUAGAGCCUGCGGAUAGAGCUCAGCAGGAGAGCACUUGCCUACCAUGGUGAGGCCCCUGGUUCCAUUCCCAAUACCACGAAAGGAAAACCAACAAAAGCCCAGCUACAGCACUGACCUCUCUCCACAGCAUGCUUCCUCCUAGGAGGUGGGAAGUCCAAAAGCAAUAGCAGUUUUGUCCCAUCUGCCCCAAUUCAGCUGGAUAAUUUUGUGGGGGUGAGGGAAGGGUGCUGCCUUCCCUAUUUACACUUGAGUGUGAAUUUGUUGGUACUAUUAAGAGAGCAGGAGAGAGAUCCAGGUAAACUGGCAAGAGGAAGGGCCACAGGAUAGGGGACUAAAGAGGUCAUGAUGCUUCUCUGGGGAUAUGGCUUGAAGGUUGAGAGCAGCAGGUUACCAGGCCCCUUCCACACCAGAGCCUUUGCCAGGGCCAGUGGGUGAUGGCAGCUUAUGGUUAAGGUGGGAUCUAACCAGGAGCUGUCUUAACUAGUAAGAGGUCAUAAGAGUUAGCAUCUGUAUCUCCUUGCUCAGAGACGCUUUUAGGCACCUCCAAGUAAAGUCCUAUUAUCACCAGGGAAGAAGUU